CAGUUUCGUACCAAAUUUUAAUAAAAUGGAAAAGACAGGCAGAGUUGCUUUAGGAAUACUUGUAGCAACAACAGCUAUUGUUAUUACUUAUCUUUCUUAUCAGUACCACUUCAAGAAAAGAUCUAAUCAGAAAAAACUGAGGUCCAAGAAAAAAGUUUCUACCACUAGUAAUAUUCCUUCUGAUAAUAAAAGUGAAGCUAGUGCUAAUGACAUUGAUUCCUUGCGGGCUAAAGGGAAUGCUAAAUUCGGAGAAAAAAAAUAUCAAGAGGCCAUUGAUUUGUACUCUUUAGCCAUUGCAAAGUCGGAUUCGGCUGACCAUUUGGGUUUAGCUAAGUGUUUAGGGAAUAAGGCGUAUUGUCAUAUUAAAUUGGAGGACUAUAAAACAGCUAUUAAUGAUUGCACGGAAGCGUUAUCUCACGAUCCUAACUAUGUUCGUGCUCUACAGCGACGCGCUACUGCUUAUGAAUCCGUCGAUGAUCUUAAAUCUGCGUUAAACGAUUUAAUUUCGAUAACGAAGAUUAUCUUGCCAUCUAAUAAAUCUGAUUUGAAGCCAUCACAGCAACAACAGGAGGUAAUGGAGAAUAUUGAUAGACUUUUGAAGGCAAUUUCUACCGAAAAAGCCAAAGAGGCUCUUAAGAAUAAAAUUGGAAGUUUUCCAACAUCUUCUGUCGUAAAGUCAUACUACGAAAGUUUUAAACGAGAUUUAAUUACUGAAUCCUUCGACGAGCUUAAAUCGAAAAUGUCAGAGGGAGACGAAUCAGCGAAUUUACAUUUCGGGCUUAAGCUAAUAGAGGCGGAAAAAUACGAUGAAGCGUUGAUACAUUUUAAUCAAUUUUUAAAAAAAUUUCCUAAUAAUUUUACUGCAUUGGUAGAAAAAGCGACGUUACUUCAUUUAUGCGGGAAAGUUGAAGAGGCGCUGGAACUGUACGAACAAGCUAAUAGAAUCAGCCCCGACGAUCCUCACGUGCUUGUUAAAUGGGCCAACGCUUUUUUAUUUGCUGAUAAAUUGGACGAGGCAAAUGCACUAUUGGACAAAGCAGUCGCCAUCGCGCCGGAAGACAGUGCUGUUCUUUUCCAUUAUGGAGAAUCCUGUAAUGCCCAGCGAAGGCACGAGGAUGCCAUUUCUUUUUAUAAUAAAGUGAUAGCGGUUGAUCCCGCACAUUACGAGGCUUACAAUCAUAAAGGUCUGGCUUGCUUGGCUUUUUUGGAAUCUAAAGCGCCGUAUAUGACUAACGAGACGCAGAAAAUUCAAGAGGCCAAAGAAGCCUUUGAGCGAGCCAUUGAGAUUGCUCCUUCCCGCGCGGAAGCUUAUAAUAAUUAUGGCCUUCUUUAUUCUCUCUUGCAGGAGCCUACUAAAGCUCACGACCUUUUUGAUAACGCUCUCAAAGUUGAUCCCGGAAAUUCCACAGCAUUUACCCGAAAGGCAGUUUUUUUUUUGGUUUUUUAG